AUGUGCAAAUUGUUACAUUUAUUUAAUGUUUUGAUUCAAUUUUAUUUUUUAAACAAAUUUCUUGGAACAGCCGAUUAUCCUUUAUUUGGAGGGCACGUAAUCUAUGACCUAUUUCGGGACCGUGAAUGGCAAGAUUCUGGCAGAUUUCCAAGAGUAACACUCUGUGAUUUUGAAAUUAGAGUUUUGGGGAAUAUACACAGGCAUACAGUACAGUGUGUGCUUGUUAUAAAUAUGUUUUUAGAAAAGAUUUUCGUCUUUUUAUGGCUCUGGCUUCUAUUUCUAGCUUUCCUUUCAAUUGUAAAUUUAUCAGCUUGGUUAGCAACGGUAGCUGUUCCUAUUUGUAGACAAGCAUUUGUAGAAAAAUUUUUAGAUUUGAGUCAAUAUGAGCCUAAAACUAGUGCAGAAGUUCACUUAUUUGUUGAAAAAUUUCUUAGGCCUGAUGGUGUUUUUUUACUUAAAAUGGUAUCUGUACAUGCCGGAAACAUUAUGUGUACAAGAUUAAGCGAAUCAUUAUGGAUACAAUUUCAACAAUGGAGAGCUUCAACAAAAAUAUUACCUAGUAGUAGAAAAGAAUCUUCUCCUAGUUUAGGAAUUUUAAUGUCAGGUGAAGGAGGGGGAGGUGGUCCUUCUUCUGAAAGACCAAAAAGAAGAUCAUCAUCUGAGAGAAGAGAAGGAAGAGGUAUUUUAAAAAAUUAG